GCACUGUAUGAGAGACUGAUGAUGAUCACGUUCAUGAACAGCUCAGACAGUGAAGAGGAAGCCUGCAAUGAGAGAACAUCACUGAUAUCAGUGGAGAGCCCUCCUGCAGCCUCCUACCAGGAUGGCCUGCAAGCACCAGAAGCAGCAGAAACGCAGACGUACAGGAAGAGGCAUACUGGUGGCAGUUGUAGCCCUAGUGAUGCUGACAGCGGUAAUUCUGACUCAGGACUUCCAGUAAGAGACAUUGCUGUGGACAAUAAGGAGGAGGAACUGACCCUGAAAUAUGGAGCAAAGCAUGUGAUCAUGCUCUUUGUGCCUGUCACGCUGUGUAUGAUUGUUGUCGUUGCCACCAUAAAGUCAGUGCGCUUCUACACAGAGAAAAAUGGGCAGUUGAUCUACACUCCUUUCAGUGAAGAUACACCUUCUGUGGGCCAGCGUCUCCUGAACUCCGUGCUGAAUACCAUCAUAAUGAUCAGUGUUAUCAUCGUGAUGACCGUGUUCCUAGUUGUGCUGUAUAAAUAUCGUUGUUACAAGUUUAUCCACGGUUGGCUGAUACUUUCAUCACUGAUGCUGCUGUUCCUUUUCACCUACAUCUAUCUAGGCGAAGUGCUGAAGACCUACAACGUGGCUAUGGAUUACCUCACCUUGUUCUUUGUCAUCUGGAAUUUUGGAGCAGUUGGGAUGAUUUGUAUCCACUGGAAGGGUCCCUUGCACCUCCAGCAGGCCUAUCUCAUUAUGAUCAGUGCGCUGAUGGCAUUGGUUUUCAUUAAAUAUCUACCCGAAUGGUCAGCGUGGGUCAUUCUAGGAGCCAUUUCCAUUUAUGAUCUGAUCGCUGUGCUGUGUCCCAGAGGGCCAUUGAGAAUGCUGGUAGAAACUGCUCAGGAGAGAAAUGAACCUAUAUUUCCUGCAUUAAUAUAUUCUUCUGCUAUGGUGUGGACAGUAGGAAUGGCAAAGCAAGAUGCAGCAUCAAGGGGCCUUACUCAGCAGACAUGGGAUUCAGCUGACGACGUGAGAGACAUCCAUGACAAUCCUGCGUACGUGGAGUCUGAAAUCUCUGAGGCCAGGAGUCCAGCUCCAACCCAUCCAACCACUUCCUUAUUAGAGGAGCUGGAAGAGGAGGAAAGGGGUGUCAAGCUGGGCCUUGGAGACUUCAUAUUUUACAGUGUGCUUGUAGGGAAAGCAGCUGCCACUGCUAGCGGAGACUGGAAUACAACACUGGCCUGUUUUGUAGCCAUCCUUAUAGGUUUAUGCCUGACUCUUUUAUUGCUGGCUGUGUUCAAGAAAGCAUUGCCUGCUCUUCCCAUCUCCAUCACCUUUGGGUUGGUAUUCUACUUCUCAACAGACAACCUGGUGCGACCUUUCAUGGACACCCUUGCAUCCCACCAGUUGUAUAUUUAAAGGUGAAGACAGAUGAGUAGGAAGAUUUUUUUUUUUUUUU